GGUUAGAAGGCAUCCAGCUCUGAACGUGGACUCUGAGAUACUGCUCAUCUUCUUGAUUCUACUACUUUCAUGAUCAGUAUCCUGUUAUCUCCAUAAAACCUCCAUUUUCAAAAAACUUUUCCUAUAAUAAAAAAGAAAACCCACAUCGAUCCAACUCUAUCACCAAGCAUGUUUAGUUUUAACAUGAUUUUGGAUCAUCUUCCCGAGCGCAUCAACCAGCUCAAUCUCAGUUUCAUUGCAUCGCUUCUCUGCCUAGCCCUAAUAUUCCUCUUCCUCAGUACCAGGCGUUCACGCAAAGUUUUCUUGUUAGAUUUUGCAUGUUACAAGCCGCCAGCCACUCAGAUGUGCAGCAAAGAAAAGUUCAUAGAUCGCUUCAGGAUCUAUGGGAGCUCCAACGAGUCCAAUCUAGACUUCAUGAGGAAGUGUUUGGUGAGAUCAGGGCUAGGUGAAAAGACAUACAUGCCCUCAACAUUGAUGAGGGAUCCCCCAACUCUGAGCCUAGAAGAGACGAGGAAAGAGGUUGAGUCCGUCAUGUUUGGGGCCGUGGAUGCGUUGUUGGAAAAGACGGGCGUGAAUCCUAAGGAUAUUGGGAUAGUCAUAGCGACUUGUACUAUUCUUAACGUUGAGCCGUCUCUUGCUGACAUGAUAGUAAACAAGUACAAGCUUGGAGAUCAUGUGCUGGUCUACAAUUUUACGAGCAUGGGUUGCAGUGCUGGACUUCGAGCGAUAGGCCUCGCCCAAAGCCUACUCCAGGAGCACCAUAACACCUAUGCCCUCCUGGUCAGCCCAGAGAACACCCAGCAAAUGAUCUACAGAGGAAACGGAAAGUCCAAGCUCCUAAUGAAUUUCCCGCUCCGCGUUGGUGGGGCCGCCGUGCUCCUCUCGAACCGGCCGUCCGAUCAGAACAAGGCCAAGUUCCAGCUCCUCCAUUCCGUUCACACCCACACCGCCAGUUCUGACAGUUCAUACCAGAGCAUAUACGAAAGUGAGGAUGAUGAAGGAUUUGGAGGUGUAACCGUCUCCAGAGAGCUCUUAGCCGUGGCCAUCGACGCCGUCGAAACCAACAUCCGCGCACUCGGUCCCCUAGUCCUUCCCUUAUCUGAAAAAUUCCGAUACGUGACAAACUUUUUAAUAAGAUAUUUCAACAUGGCGGAUGCGAAACCCUACACACCAAAUUUUAAGAAAGCAAUAGAGCACGUCUUCCCCCAUGUAGGCACAAAGCCUGUGCUGGAUGAGUUUGAAAAAAACAUGGGCUUUAACACGUCCGAUGUCGAAGCCUCCAGGAUGAACUUGUACAGGUUUGGGAACACGUGUAGUGCCUCUGUUUGGUAUGCACUGUCGUACGGUGAGGCGAAGGGUAGGAUUAAGAAGGGUGACCGUUUGUGGCAGAUUGCUUUUGGGUCUGGGUUCAAGUGCAGCAGUGCAGUUUGGAGAGCAUUGAGGAACGUUGAUGAUCGUGAGGAAAGAAACCCGUGGAUCGAUGAGAUACACGAGUUUCCCGUGGACUUGCGGAACAUGAAAAGUUUUGCUGAGGUUUUUGAACCUGCCAAAAAGAUGUGAUCAUUAAUUUUUAUAUUGGAAGCACCAGUAAAAAAAUAAUUUUUUUCAAAAAAAAAAAGAAAGGGAUAAGUUUGGGGGGUUGUUUGUAAACCCAAUGAAAAGUGAAAACCAAACAACGGGGGGGUCCCAUUCACGACGGAAGAAUGAUCGAGUUGAUUUUUCCCUGCGUGAUUUAAUUAGCUGUACUUUGGAAAAAUUGACCAUUUGGAUUUGUUGAUAAAGAAAAGUCAACUGUUUCAUUUCA